CGCAAGCUCACAACACCUGUUAUACCCAACCUUCUCUCUUCUCUCUUUUUGCUUCCUUUGCUUAAUCAUUAGCAGAGAGAAGAGAGAAUGGAGCAAGAGAUGGAGAAGAAGAGGUUUGGGGUGUUGCUGUGCGCGGAGGAUUCAGAGUUGGUGAGGAAGAAGUACGGAGGGUAUUUUGGGGUUUUUGUGAGAAUGCUGGCGGAGGAAGGUGAAAGGUGGGACGUGUACAGGGUGGCGCGUGGUGAGUUUCCCGAUGAUGAUGAGCUGGCAUUAUAUAACGGAUUCGUGAUCACUGGCAGUUGCAACGACGCACAUGGCAAUGACCCUUGGAUCCAUCAACUCCUUAACCUCCUUCAAAAACUCAACUCCAUCAACAAGAAGGUUCUUGGCAUUUGCUUUGGUCACCAGAUACUUGGUCGUGCAUUGGGAGGGAAAGUGUGUCGCUCUCCAUCCGGUUGGGACAUUGGUAUCAGAACCGUAAACUUGUCAUCAUCUUCAUCUCUCAAGCUUCCAUCAAAGCUCUCUAUAAUUGAAUGCCAUCGUGACGAGAUAUGGGAGUUGCCUCCAAAAGCAGAGGUGAUAGCAUGGUCAGAAAAGACAGGAAUUGAAAUGUUUAGAUAUGGAGAUCAUAUAAUGGGAAUUCAAGGGCAUCCUGAAUACACAAAAGACAUUCUUUUUCAUCUCAUUGACCGUCUUACUCAACACAAUUAUAUCCACCAAGAUUUUGCUAUGGAGUCAAGGCUUAAGGUUGCAAUGUGGGAGCCAGAUAAGGACUCAUGGAAAAGAAUCUGUGUUAGUUUUCUUAAGGGUCCAUUGUAACCCAACCUAUAUAUAUAUAUAACAUGUGAAACAGACCAAAAUAAAUAAAUAAAGUAGUUCUGUGUAAAUAGAAUUAAGAACUAAGAUGUGAUAUUUAGUUAAUUAAGUAGUAAUCUAUGUGGAAGAAUGAAAGGUAGCAAUUGUAUUGUGUGUGACACUUGGUAUGAUUAUGAUUUGUGGCGAAUUUUCUCUAAUUUGUCUUAAGAAACCAAUGGCCAACUUGCCUUCCACAAAUUAAUUUCCU